CCUACAUGGACUUUUCCACUAAUGCCUGCACUGAUAUGCCAGUCUUCAAUGAUACUUGUCCAUGUACAACAACACAGACAACCUCUGUUACAACUAGUACAACAAUGACAACUACAUCCAAAUCAAUGACAACAAUAUCCAGUACAAUGAUGACUACAUUCAAUACAGAGAUGACUACAGCAGUACAGAGCAGUACAGAGAUGACUACUGCCAAUUCGGAGAUGACCUCAGACAAUACAGAGAUGACUACAGCCAGUACUGAGAUGACUUCAUUCAAUACAGAGAUGACUACAGCAGCACAGAGCAGUACAGAGAUGACUACAGCCAGUACAGAGAUGACUAUAGCCAAUUCAGAGAUGACUUCAGCCAGUGCAGAGAUGACUACAGCCAAUUCAGAGAUGACUUCAGCCAGUGCAGAGAUGACUACAGCCAAUUCAGAGAUGACUACAGCCAAUAAAGAGAUAACUAUAGCUAAUAAAAAGAGUAAUAUAACCAAUACAGAGAUGACUUCAGGCAGUUCAGAGAUGACAACAUCAAGUUCAGAAAUGACUACACCCAGUACAGUGUUGACUACAUCAAGUUCAGAGAUGACUACACCAACUAGCAAAUCUCAGACCACACAAAGUACAGAAUCAACAAAAAACACUUCAGAGAAACAAAGACAAUUCACACAUACAUUUCAACUGUUUCUUAAACCAACCGUUUACACAACAAAGAAGGCAGGCCUAAAGUAUGAACCUGAUUUAUUCACAGAUGCAGAUAAAAGACCAUCAGCAAUAGCAAUAGGUGGAACAGGCUGCAUUGUACUAAUCGCUACCAUUGUCUUGAUUAUCCUGAGUGAUAUUAGGAAAUUGACUUUAGACACUCGUACUGGAAUAAAGAGGGUGAUACGAUAUUUCCGCCACUUAAUGAAUAAUAAAAAAAAAGUGACACAUAUCAUGGUUUUGCCAAAGUCCAAGGAGACUAGAAGUGAUCAAUAAAGAAAUGGACCAUGUGACGACCAUACAUACAGCUCAACAAUUAUAAAAAUAAGUUCACAUUCUGCCGGAGUCAUAUUCAAACCCAUAAAUAGGUUAAUUCAGGAUGCCAAUUGAUCGGAAUUAUUUGAAUACGCUAGAUGUCACAAAAGACAUUAUUUUAAUAAGCCAAUAGAGACAUACUGAAAUACUGCUAAGACACCCUUCUAGGCAGAGCAAGUAGAUUAUAAGAAGCUUUUAUGGAAGAGUUGUGUCUCAUAGAGACACCACUGGAAUGUCAUUUUGGCAAAUGCAUGGACUCAAAAGUGUACAAAUAUGUAAAUGGAAUUGACUUAACAAUACAUACAUUAUCAUUAGAUGUGUUUUUAAUAUAUAUUUAUUAAGUCAUAUUACUACAAAUAUGUCAUUUCUUUC